ACAAGAAAGCACUCAAAGGCAAAGAAGACUCAUUAGAGAAUGAAAUUAAAGUUCUUAGAAAGUUAGUUCAUCCUAAUAUAGUGCAGCUACUUGAAACAUUUGAGGAUAAAAAUAAAGUCUACUUAGUUAUGGAAUUAGUCACUGGUGGUGAACUUUUUGACCGUAUAGUUGAAAAGGGUUCAUACACUGAAAAGGAUGCUGCUGACUUAAUUAGACAAGUUUUGGAGGCUGUUGACUAUAUGCAUGAACAAGGGGUUGUACAUCGAGAUCUGAAGUUUUACAGAAAGCUGGGAUAAAUGUAACAGUCCCUACAUAGUAUUAAGUAAUAAACCAAGUAAUUGUGAUACACUGUGGUUGGUGUAAUUGACAUCCCUACAUUGCUGUGAUAAUGAGUAAGUUACCUCGCUUGAAACAAAAAGUUUUUCUUGCUAAAGUUUUAUAUGCUUUUGAAAAAUUGCUCAAUUAGCUAACAAUAUCAAUCGAGCAAUGACUUCAAAAAAAGGAAGAUACUUAAAAAAAUGUCAUAUGGUUACCUAGGUACGGCUUAUUAGCUCGGUGAGAAACCUGCUUUUUGCAUUGCACUAAAUAAGUAGCUUAAUUACCACAUCUGAAGCAUGAACGUUCUAUGACUUAUUUAAAAUUACUAGCAAUAAUCUGUUGAUUGAUAAAAACAUUUAAUUCAAUAAUAUCAAUAUUAACCAGUUUGAGCUUGUUUGUUUUUAAAUAAUUAUAUGGUAUAGUGGAACAUCCUGAAAUGUAAAUUAUGUCACGAUUAUGAACGGCAUUUCGGAAUUAAAAUAAACGUUAGAAGGGCAGUAAUGUGUUCCACAGAACUGGUCUAGAAUUAUUACUCCUUUUACUGUUUGAAGUUUGAAUUACUAAUUGAAGCUUUUUUACGUUUACAAUAUGCCUCCAGAGUAUAACUGUUACAAUUAUUAUAUAUUAAAUGGUUUUCAUAUAGUUAUAACUACAAUAUUUGAACGAAGGUACAUAAUAUAUUGAAAACUAGAUAAAAGAAGCAUCUUGAAU